UUAAGGUACGCUGCUAGUGUUUCAUAAUUGCAGCUUUGUUUUCAUUUGUAACGAAAAAAUACAAUUAUGUGUUAAAUUAAAGAACUGUGUAUCGUUUGAAACGACAGUUUUGAUUUUUUAAUUUCGUGAUACCGAGGACUGUAGCGCGUGGAUGGACAUAAGAAGAUAAAAGAAGAUUUGACAGAGAGAUUAGCAAAUGCACAUUCAUUCAUUUUUGUUUAUUUAUUUAAAUCAGAUUAAUUUCCUGAUUCAGAAUGAGGAGAAGUCUAGCACCCAGUCAGAUGGCCAAAAGGAAACAAGGAGAAGAUUCAGAUGAUGAUGAAGACUGGGACCAGAACAUUGCAUCAGACAGCAAGAGAGACUGUCGAGAAAACUACAUCUCUCCUUACAGGAAACCCCUGACACAACUCACCAACAGGCCUGUGUGUGUGGAUGGCAACGAACAUGAAGCCUUCAUCCGCAAGAUCUUAUCAAAGCCAUUCAAGAUUCCCAUCCUAAAUUAUACAGGCUCAUUGGGUCUGCGGGCUCUGGGAUUGAGGCGGGCUGGUGUGAGGAAAGCCCUUCAUGACCCAUUUGAAGAUGGAGCUCUGGUUCUGUACGAACCGCCUGCUAUCAGUGCUCAUGACCUCAUCAAAGCAGACAAGGAGAAGUUACCAGUGCAUGUGGUUGUGGAUCCAGUACUGAGUAAAGUGCUUCGCCCCCAUCAGAGAGAGGGUGUAAAGUUCCUGUGGGACUGUGUGACAGGCAGGCGGAUCCCUAACUCAUACGGCUGUAUUAUGGCGGAUGAGAUGGGACUGGGAAAGACCCUGCAGUGCAUCACUCUUAUGUGGACUUUACUGAAACAGAGUCCUGAUUUCAAACCUGAGAUCGACAAGGUCAUCGUGGUGUCUCCCUCCAGCCUCGUGCGGAACUGGUACAAUGAAGUGGGCAAGUGGCUCGGUGGACGGGUACAUCCUGUUGCUAUCGACGGCGGCUCCAAGGAUGAAAUAGACCGUAAACUUGAAAACUUCAUCUCCCAACACGGCUUGAGGGUGCCGACUCCAAUCCUGAUCAUAUCCUAUGAAACGUUCCGUCUGCACGCUGAAGUCCUGCACAAAGGCAAAGUCGGACUGGUUAUUUGUGACGAGGGUCACAGGCUGAAAAACUCAGACAAUCAGACGUAUCAGGCGCUGAAUUCUAUGAAUGCUCAGAGAAGAGUGCUGAUAUCUGGGACUCCCAUACAGAACGAUUUACUGGAGUAUUUCAGUCUGGUGCACUUUGUCAAUUCUGGUAUUCUCGGCACAGCUCAGGAGUUUAAGAAACGGUUUGAGAUUCCAAUCCUUAAAGGUCGUGAUGCUGACGCCAGCGAUAAAGGCCGAGCUGCGGGAGAGGAGAAACUUCGAGAACUCAUCAGCAUUGUUAACAGGUGUUUGAUUCGGCGAACGUCAGACAUUCUUUCCAAGUAUCUACCUGUGAAGAUUGAACAAGUUGUCUGCUGCCGAUUGACUCCUCUGCAGAAAGAGUUGUAUAAGUUAUUCCUGAAACAGGCCAAACCUGUUGAGAGUCUGAACACUGGAAAUAUCAGUGUGUCCUCUCUGUCCUCCAUCACAUCACUGAAGAAACUCUGCAACCAUCCUGCUUUGAUUUAUGAGAAGUGUUUGGCAGGAGAGGAGGGUUUUGAUGGAGCAGUGGAUCUCUUCCCCCAAAAUUAUUCAACUAAAGCAGUGGAACCACAACUCUCUGGGAAAAUGCUGGUACUGGACUAUAUCCUAGCGAUGACCAGGAGCACAACAAGUGACAAAGUGGUUCUGGUCUCUAACUACACACAGACUUUAGAUCUUUUUGAAAAGCUGUGUCGGACUCGGAGAUACCUUUACGUGAGACUCGAUGGAACUAUGUCCAUCAAGAAGAGAGCCAAGAUUGUGGAGAGAUUCAACAGCCCCUCUAAUCCAGAGUUCAUAUUCAUGCUCAGUAGUAAGGCUGGAGGUUGUGGCCUUAAUCUGAUUGGUGCAAAUCGUUUGGUGAUGUUUGACCCCGACUGGAAUCCAGCCAAUGACGAGCAGGCGAUGGCCAGAGUGUGGCGAGAUGGACAGAUGAAAACCUGCUACAUCUACAGACUGCUGUCGACAGGGACCAUUGAGGAAAAGAUCUUGCAGAGACAGGCUCAUAAGAAAGCCUUGAGCAGCUGUGUUGUAGAUGAGGAACAGGACGUGGAAAGACAUUUCUCUCUCGGAGAGCUACGAGAGCUUUUCUCACUCAAUGAGGAUACAAUCAGCGACACACACGACAGGUUCCGCUGCAGGCGCUGUGUAAACGGUCGACAGGUGCGUCUUCCUCCAGAAGACUCCGACUGCACCAGCGAUCUGUCCAACUGGCAGCACUGUUCAGAUAAGAGAGGACUGAGAGACCCUAUGCUGCAGGCAUCCUGGGACGCGGCCGUCACGUUUGUCUUUCACCAGCGGUCACACGAGGACCAGAAAGGAGUCAUCUGAGCGUCUGAUCUCGGAGCAGUUGGAGUGUUUGUUUGUGUUAUAUUUAUUUUGUCAUUUUUAUAACAAAUGUAUCUAUUCCUAUCAGCGUCAUUAAAAA